UUUUUUUUUUUUUUCUAAAUCCGUAACCUAAGUACAUUUGUACAUGUAAUAACAAUCCGAUCAGGUAUAUGUAAGUAUACGCCGGUGUAUUCCUGUAAUACGCCCAGACAUGCCUUAAAUACUCUCAUCUAUUGGUUUGCUGUGUGUGAGUUCGUGACUUGGUAUACUACAUUUACUAUUGACAAUAACCCUUUAUUGUAACUUUAAACCGUAAUCCCCCUGCCAGGUAUGACGUAGGGUAAACAUUUAAACACAGGUUGAAAAAAAAUGGCGCAUUUAAUGCUGGCUGUGUUCGUCGUGUUUCUUCAAAUCCUUGGUGUUGGGGGUGACAGUGAGAUUUGUUACGAGACAACUUUCCUCGGCUACAGGAGUUACUUCGCCUACUGUGACUAUGGAUGCUGUGGGAACGAGUAUAAUCGGGAGUGUUGUGACCAACGAGGACGAUGGCCUGGUUGGCAUCAUCAUCGGCUGUAUCAUCGGUGGACUCAUCUUCCUUGGUCUAACGGUAUCCUGUAUUGUGUGUCUUGUUUGUAUGUCAAUCAAAAGUCAAGGUAACAGGGGACGUGUCAUUGCUCCACUUCCUCAACAACAGAGAAAUUCCAAUGUGGCGUUUGUAAGCACCCAUACGAACUGGACGAAUAGCUCCUAUCCGACACAGCAACAGACAGCGGGGUAUCCAAUGGGUUAUACACAAUAUACAAGGCCCACGGGAAACUUUCCACAACCACCAGCCUACGAAGAACGUGCCACCCCUGGCACGGCACCCCCAGAGUACCCUGAGCCGUCGGAGUUAUACCGGUCACACAAUCAUCUUCAGCCGUUAGAGGGCGCUAGUACUUCCGCGGAACAAAUUCCGGCAGCACUUCCGCCUAUUGCACACACAGGCAUGGAUACCUCUAAAGUGUAAAGUAAAUAAAACAUGGGAUGUUUAAAAAAAAUCUGUUAACGUCACAAAUGACUGCAACGAUGGUGAAUGGGUAUUUUAACGUGUAAAAUGGCCGAAACACAGAUAAAUGUGUGAAUGUUGGCCAAUAAGAUACUUAUUCAUGUCAAACGAAUUUUUUUUUCGUUUAUUUUAAACAGGAAAAACAAAGUUUUACAGGAAACAAGAUAUACAGGAAACAAGAUAUAUUUUAUAGUAUCUUAUUACAUGUUGGUGUUUUUUUCACACACAAAAAAGACAACCACAAAAACGACAGCAGCGCAGAAGUAAAUUGUGAAAAUAUACGUUCCUGAUUGUGACGUCACAUACCCUGAUAUUUCUGACUGUGAUGUAAUACAUUCGUGUAAUAUAUAUAAGGCCUAUUGAUGUGUCUACUUUUUGAGGAUACAAAUUAAGUAUGUGUUUUGUGUUAUUCAUAUCGAGCCAUAAAAUAUUAUGGCUGUAUUGUUAUUACUUUACUUGCAUGACAACUAUUACGUCUAGAGACCCUUCGAUAUUCCACUGUCUGGUGACGUAGACAGACGCAUUUCUGUGAUAUUAAUACCGCUUCCAUUCAAUAUUCUGUCAUGUUGACAACGUUUUAAUUGGUGUAUUUAUAAAUGUUUUUAGCCUGUCAUUGUCACAGCCAUGAAAUAUUAUUUCAUUUAUUUAAAACCCCUUAAAUACCCCCUCCCUCCUUCAGCUCCCCUCCCUCCCUUAACACCCCUCUCUCCUUCAGCUCCAAUCUUUCCUAUAACACCCUCCCUCCUUCAGCUCCUUCACUCCUUUAGAGCUCCUUCCUUCCUUUAACGCACCCUCAACACUUCAGCGCCCCUUCCGUCGAUCUCUUUUUAGCGCCCCCUCCUUCCUUCAAAGCCCGCCGUGGUCGAGUGGUUAAGGUGUCCCGACACUUUAUCACUAGCCCUCCACCUCUGGGCUGCGAGUUCGAAACCUACGUGGGGCUGUUGCCAGGUACUGACUGUAG